AUGGAUCUCGAUACCCUCCACUUCGAAUAUUUCCUCUGGGAUCUUGAAGAGGAAGUUCUUAUUCAACGCCUCCUGGCAGCAGCAGCCCGGCCCAUCCCCAGAAUGAUCCAAAUCGGCGAUAGAGAAAUCAUACUCCGGAAUCGCAUCGCAGGCAAUGAAUGUUUGAUGGCCAAUUACUUUGUCAAACGUCCAGUGUAUCCCAAUCGAAUCUUUGAGCGGCGCUUCCGGAUGAGCAAGAAUUUGUUCAAUCAGAUAUGCAGCGAUCUCCAGCAACACGAUCGAUUCUGGAUUCUCAAAGAAGACUGCUGUGGCCAGAUGGGCCUGUCAACCCAUCAAAAGGUUACAGCGGCACUCCGACUAUUGGCGUAUGGGUCUAGCGCCGACUCCGUGGAUGAAUAUGUUUGA